AUGCGCAAGAAUUUCACACGUGAGCCCGCGAAUCUGCGAGAGGCUCGCCUUGAGCGCGAGACUUCCUGCUGUUCAGUGUCGUGCGCGGUUUCGUACGCGACGCUUCGUUGUUAUUAUCGUCGUCCUUGUCGUCGUUCUCGCUGGCUCCUUCCCUACGGCUUCGAUCCAGAUACGACGAUUGAAACUAUUCGUCUUCCUGUUGGACACGUUUGUUUUCUGAAUACGAAAACGAAAUAUGUCGAAGAAAGUAGCGUUUAUAGGCGGAUCGUUGCUUGAAACUAUUAAAAUUCUAAAAAAGUCUUUGAUAUUAUCGGGCGUUUUUUGAAAGGUCACGUCUGCUCGGUCUGCUUCGUAAUGCGAAGCUCCUCGAAAGAGAAAAUCUUCCGAAUAAGAACGAAAGACCGAGAGAGAAUGGACCGAUGGAACUUGCAAGGAGAAAAAGAACCUGAUUCUCUGUACAAUUAAAUCCCUCAAAAGUGUUCGUUCACCGUAAUCGAAGAGAGAUCUCAUUUCGAUUCUCUUUAGAUGAAUUAAUUCGGAAAACGUCAAAGGAAAGGGAGUCAUUUGCGAGAAGUAUUACAUAUUCGACGAUAUACCGAUUUUAAAACGAUAAAAGUGUUGAGAAAAUCGUAUGAAAAGGAUCAUCGUACCUUGUUCGAUUUAUCGAAAACGCGUUAUCAUCGUGUUACCGUCGAAGCGAUCGAAUCGAUGACCGAAUAACCGAUAAGUGGCACUUCGCUGUAACGCCCGUGACGAUCUAGUGCGUGAAAUCUCAGCGCGUAAUGACUCGUGAUUGAAGGAAGGCCGUGAGUUCCGUUGGAACACGCUCGAGGGACACCUAGAGAGCGGGCAUUUGCUGUAUAAUUGGACCUACCAUAAUGACAAGGUGCACGCGAGCCGGCGAAUCGACUGCGUGACCGUGAGUGAGUAAAAGCAAACUGGAGAGAGAGAGAGAGAGAGAGAGAGAGAAUCGGAGCACAUUCAAUGAUUUUCUCGGCGUAAAACAAAGAAAAGUGUCCUCGUAACGGCGACAACUCUUCGCCCUAAAGCGCAAGGACACGGCAGGAUUUAAUUAAGGAUAGUAAAAUGGAUACGUCACCGACUCUAAGUAUUGGCGGAUCGAGAGCCAGAGCAGCUCUUUUGACGACCACCGGCACAGGAAGUGGCGGUACCGACAGGAGGGUCGUUUUUCUGACGAGUCAAACGGUCGACGGUAAUGGACACGAGACGAAAACUUGGCCGCAUCAUUGGUCACCCCACACGCCAGGCAAGAGAUAUAAGUCGCCGGAGGAUUCACCACGUUCGGAGCAAAGCAAAGUGAGAAUGUCCCGUAAUCAAAGUGGUUGGUCGGAGGAGGCAGGAAGUUCGGAGGGUGUUCAACGACGAAGCGGAACGAGACAGACGCUCGGUACAACGCAAUCCUUAAAAACAAGCAGCGCCGUUCUCGAAGAUAGAACGUCUUCUGCUGCAACCUGCAAAGGUGGAUUCAGGUUAGGCAUCUACGGUUGGAGGAAAAGGUGUUUGUAUUCUCUGGUCCUCACACUCAUGGUCAUCGUCAUCCUCAAUCUCGCUCUCACUGUAUGGCUUCUUAAAGUCAUGGGAUUCACUUCCGAGGGUAUCGGUUCGCUAAAAGUGGUGCCCGGGGGGAUCGAGCUAAGAGGUCAGGCCGCUAUUCUAGACGCCCUCGUGGCCUCGAGCCUUAGGUCUCGAAGAGGUAAAAAUUUAGUGCUCGAAUCAUGGAGCAAUUUUACGGCCACGGCGAGGUCGCAUGAUGGUCGAUUGUUAGCGAAAUUAACCGUGGGCGAGGAUCGCGUGGACUGCAUUUCUAGAAGUUUCCGAAUAACCGAUCCACGAGGAGGAGUUAUUUUCUCCGCGAAUAGAGAACAAGUUCUGGUAGGAGCAGACAUGUUGAAGGUAACCGGUGAUGGGGGUGCCGUUUUCCAGGGCAGCGUGCAGACCCCGUUAGUUAGAGGAGAAUCUGGCAGAGGUCUCAGGUUGGAAUCUGCGACAAGAUCAUUAAAGAUCAGUGCACCUCAGCGGGUAGUAUUGGAAUCGUGGGCGAACGAGAUUUCGGCGUCUUGUUUGACCGACUUGAAAUUACAAAGCAUUCACGGUGCUAUAAAGCUCGAUUCCAAAUCCGUCUUUCUAAAAGGUCUGAAGACAGCUGUAACGGUCCAAGGACGAUCCUCGAGGGAGCAACAGCAACAACAACCAGAACAAGAGCAACAACAGCAGCAGCAACAGCAGCAACCACAACAACAACAACAACAACAACAACAACGCUCUUCUAGAUCCUCUACUCAUCAAAAUCAAAGAGAAACGAGCAUUUAUCAGCUCUGUGCCUGCGCAAACGGGAAGCUCUUUCUUGCCAGACCUGAGGGUAUCUGUCAAGCGGACAAAUCCGUUUGCUAAUGCGCCGACGCAUCGAUCAAAUAAAGUUCGUAGAAACGUCUGUGCAACUUAAGAUCCUCGUACGGACGACGGAAAACACACCGCGAUCUACCGCAGGUGGAUCAAAGGACGAGGCCUUUUUUUGGAAAACAUUGCAACAGUAUCAAACGAAUCGAACCCGUUGAAGAAGCGAUUGAAUUACUCCUCGAUACUCGCUCGACCUGAGAUUUUCUACGUAGCGAAAAGGAGAGAGUCGCUAGGAAGUUCGAUCGCUCCUUCGAUUCGUUGGAUUUCGAUCGCACAUUGUAUAUUACCCUUUGUAGAGUGCGUCCGCGUCGACCCACGGAGUAGCUUCGCGCAAGUCGUGUGUGCCCGGUGAUGCGCGGAGACUCGAUCAACGACAACGACGACGACGACGACGACGACGACGACGACGACGACGACGACGACGACGACGACGACGACGACGAUGCGGAUUUCCUAGGGUUUUGCGGACAUCUAUGUGUAUGUAGCAUUGUUGCUGGCGCUACCCCGCGAUGUAUAUCUUGUAUAGCAGUGAAAACGUAACGUGCGGUUACCAUUUAGACAUCAGAAGCAUCAUUAAAUAACAAAAGUCUACGGCUCCUCGUCUAUCCGCUUUCCGUAAACCAUUUAAUUUUUUUUUGUUUUUUUUCUUCUAAAUUUUCUUUACUUCUUAGUUCAACUUUUUAUUUCUCCUCCUUUUUCUUAGACACACUGUCUUUUAUUUUCGCAAAUGAGCGAACGAAGAAGUGGUCUAACAUCGAUUACAUUGCGAGAGGUAACCUCGAUCCGACAAACGAUAUUCUCUCCUUUAGCGACGACAAACGAAUCUUUCUUCAAUACGCGAUAAAACGCCUAAUUCGUAAUGCCAAUUAGUGGUAAAUCGUAUAAUUCAGGAUUGUUUAUUUUCGAUCGCGUUUUGUGGUAAACCUGAAGGAAAAGAAAAAAUGUAGUUAUUGUAAAAGGAUCAGGAUGCGAUCCAGCUUGUACGCUGUACGUCGGCCAUGUCCAUCUAUUUAUGUAUGUGGCAAUAAAGUCGUUAUUGUUACUAUUAUUAUUAA